ACAUAGUUCAAAAUUAAUUGGACCAAAAAUCAGGUAUCCAUCUCCUAUACUUCGUAAUAAAUUCCUUCACCUGUCACCUUACCCUUUUCUAACACCUAUUAAAUGCACCCCUUUUAAACACUUUCUCUUCUAUAUAUUCAUUCAUUUCCAUUUCCUACCUUAUUAUAAUUAAAUCACACCCUUCGAUCUCUAGCUUGCCACUUCUCUUACUGAAACUAUAUAUUAUAAAAUCAUUACACCAUAUAAUAUAUAGUUUUUUUUUAUUAUAUUAAUGGGGAAAUCAAAGGUGGUGUUAAUGUUGUUAAUGGUGAUAAUGGUGAGUUUUAGUAGUGUUAAAGCAAUAUCGUCAAAUGAUAAAGAAAUGUUGGGGGCAGAAUGUUUAAGUGUUCCAGCAUCUGUAUUUGCUAACACUUUGAAGAUUACGAUUGAUGGUGUAGUUAAGGUUGCAUCGGUAAUGGCGAAAUUUGCUGGUUCGGGUUUUGGUGAUUUUACGGUUUCGAAUGCUAUUUCGGAUUGCCUUGAUUUGCUUCAGUUGUCUGGUGAUGAAUUGACUUGGACUCUCUCUGCUUCUCAAUAUGGUAAAGGUAAUGGAACGGGUGAUCUAGGUUCAGAUUUGAAGACAUGGUUAAGUGCUGCCCUAGCCAAUCAAGAGACAUGCCUAGAAGGGUUCGAUGGAACAGGAAGUAUGGUUAAGUCACUAGUCGCGGGCAGCAUUAACGAGGUCUCCUCAUUGGUCCAAGAUAUACUCCACAUGGUCCACGUAUCCCCCCGUCCCACACGGGGUUCUAAUUCAAAUCGGGCUAAUGGCACCCGACCUGGUGGUGGUGGAAGGCGGUUGUUGAUGAAAGAGGCAGUGACUGAUGGAGACGGUUUUCCUUCUUGGGUUAGAUCAAAAGACCGGAAGUUAUUGCAAGCUACCGGAAUGUCUAGCCCAAAUGUGACUGUGGCCCUAGAUGGAAGUGGGAAUUAUUCUAGGAUUAUGGAUGCAAUUGAAGAUGCCCCAAGUCAUAGUACGGAUCGGUUUGUGAUUUAUGUAAAGAAAGGUUUGUACGAAGAAAAUGUGGAGAUUAAGAGAAAGAAGACCAAUAUUAUGAUGUAUGGAGAUGGAAUGGAUGUGACAAUUAUAACGGGUAAUCGAAGUGUAUUUGAUGGUUGGACCACUUAUCGAAGCGCCACAUUUGCUGUCACGGGAGCCAGAUUUGUAGCACGUGAUAUGACCUUCCAAAACACGGCCGGACCGGAAAGACACCAAGCGGUGGCUUUCCGAUCAGACUCCGACUUAUCGGCCCUCUACCGGUGCGCCUUUCGAGGAUACCAAGACACUCUCUACGCGCACGCUAACAGACAGUUCUUCCGAGAAUGCACGAUCACGGGUACCGUAGACUUCAUAUUCGGUGACGGGGCAGCCGUGUUUCAAAAUUGUCAAAUCCAAGCUAGGAAAGGUCUCCCAAACCAAAAGAACACCAUCACGGCCCAAGGUCGUAAGGACCCCGGGGAGAACACCGGGUUCUCGAUCCAAUAUUGCAACAUUACCGGUGACUCUAGUCUUACAACGACGAAUACCUCGUCCAACUCCACCACCACUACCGCCGCCACAUACACGUAUUUGGGCCGUCCUUGGAAGGCAUAUUCAAGGACAAUCAUCAUGGAGUCUUAUAUAAGUGAUGUGGUAAGGCCAGAAGGGUGGUUAGAGUGGAAUGGCAAUGUGUCUUUGGACACACUUUACUAUGCUGAGUACAUGAAUUCUGGGCCUGGGGCUUCUCUUGAAUCCAGGGUUAAGUGGGCCGGAUACCACAUUUUUAAUAGUUCCGUUGACGCACUUAACUAUACCGUGGCCCAAUUCAUUAAGGGAGAUAUGUGGUUGCCAACAACGGGUAUCCGAUUCGGAAGCGGGCUUUCUACCGUUUAGCAAACUUAAUACACAAGUGUACAUUUUUUUGUGAAAUUUCUUGUAUGCACUUGGGAAUGAGAUGUCAUCUCACGUAAAAAUAUAAAAGCUUAUACGAAGUAUUUAAGAACGAAAAUGUGAGGGAGGAUACAUAUAACUACUCGGUUAUAUUUAUAUUAGAGUAAAAAUUAAGUCAAAAUGUUUAAAAGUUACGCCGAUAUAUUGUAUGAGUAAAAGUUAUCUAUUUUUUGAUAAAUUUUCUGGUUUAAUAAUGUAUAAAGAUAACUUUGUAAUCCUUU